AACCAGCUGCAUGAACACACGAUCUGUUUGAUGCAUUUCUCAUUGUAUUCAUCAAUCCACUGCAAACUAGAACAAAAAGUACAACAAAAAUGAGCGCAAAUCUCGUACACGAUGCGAGCCGUCAGGCCAAUGGACAGAUGAAAAUGAUUACAAAUAAGACAAAAGGUCACGCAGAUGACCAUGGUAAUCUACCUGGCGAAGGUGAAAUACGACCUAAUCCUAAAUUCGUCUCAGACAAUAUUAAUUGCAAGAAUGACAGAUGCCAUGAAUGCGGCCAAAUCUUACAAGAUGGUAUACAGAUAGCAUGUGGACACUGUAUAUGCGAAAAACAUAUUAAUUAUAGACUAGACAGGGAAGAAUCAUAUAUCUGUCCUUGUAGAGUUAAAGACCGUGUGGACAUAAACACAGAAAAUAGAUUCUUAUGGUUCUCAAUUGGAAAACCAACAAUGCUGAAAUACGCAUCGAUCACUAUUGCAAUCGGAAUUUUCGCAUCGCACGUAGUGAUAUCGUCUGCUGAUUCCUGUACUGAGUACAACUACCAUGUCCCAAGAAACUUGGAUGGAACUAUAUACAGACAAUACUGCUCUGACGUCUGUGUGCGGUCUUAUCCUAAGUUCACGGAGGUCUGCAGAGACGAUCCAAUUAUUGGGGAUGUAAAAACACAGUGCACAGAUUUCAUCAGCUGUUUGUACGGGGGAUCCAAAACCGCUGAAGCUGCUAACUAUAUUUUCCUCAUACCAAUCGCGAUUGCUCUGGUUGUGCUGAUUAUCGGACUUAUAGUAGGAUUCAAAUACCGGACUAAUCUUGUGAGACGCUUUCGUUGGGAACAUGAUGAACAUGAUAAUGAUGAUAUUGAAUUUGGACACUUGGAGAUCCCCAGAGAUGAAACAGGCGAUAACCAAGACAAUCCCAUUGUUGAAGACACCCCCCUUAUGAGAGACGAGCCACAUCAGGUAAACGAAGAUGAAGGUGCUACUAGUGCAGGUCGGGACAGUGUAGACGGUGCAAUGAGCCACGAUGUUCAAAUUGAUGCUGAUCAUGUGAUGCUUACAAAUAAAGAUCAGGGCGAUGUGGAUAAAACAAUGAGAAAAAUCGUUGAUGAAGAGAAUACGCUUGCUAGGGAACACCCUCCCUAUGAAUAUAACAGUUUCGAUCAAGCCAGUCCCUCUGACCCUUACCCACCAAAAAAUGAUCUUCCAGAAGAGGUUAACACGAGAGAACCAAACAAAUAUGAGGUCUCUGGAAACAAAGUUGCCCAACCCAAGGAAACGGGACCAGAUAAUCUUAUCACCGGUUUGGAAAAACAAAAGUAAUCUUAGCCAGAUCACAACAUUGAAUGAAACGGAAUGUGCAAUCUGGAGGACAAUGGUGCUAUCAAAAAGAUGGCGUAAAAUUAUUUAAUAAAAUGAAUGCACAUUCGAUAGACACUGAUCUCGAAGUAGGCUGCAUAUAGCACAUAGGAAUUUGGACGAUAAUUGAUAUAUCAAGGAUGGCAAUAUGUUUCCUGCAGAUCAUUGAAGCUGAGGUGUUUUACUUGUGUUAUGUAGUGUUGCGCUGCUAAGUAAAAUUCCAUUGUAGAAUACUGGUUAUAUAAUACUAUAAAAUAAUUAAUGUAUAUAUUAUGAAUUCAAUAGAUUAUUUGUAUAUAAAUGUAUGUAUUAUGAAUUCAACAGAUUAUUUGUAUAUCUGUAUAUAAAUGUAGAUUUUGUAAAUGCACCUUAAUUUUUAUAAUAAAUGUAAAUAUUUUGGGAAAUAAAUCUGUGCUCAUGGUUUUUAUGUGUGCACUGUGUACCAUUAUUCUUCAAAACAAUAGGCAUGUAUGUUCUGAUCAUUGCUCAUUGAUGCAAAUAUUCACGUUGUA